AUGACUCAAAUCACCGUAUCUACUUUACUCUGGUCCCGCCAGGCGACUUGCUCUGCCCAUCACGACGCGUACACGCAUCCUCUAAUCUCUCGUGAAAAAAAAAACGCUCCCCCUCCCCCUCCCCUUCAUACUACUUCCACCCUUACUUCCACCCCCCACGUGACUUUCCCCCACCAACUCCACGUGCGUACCCAUCCUACCAUACACUUACAUCUGCCGUAUGCCCCACUACUAGCACUACGUAGCUUACAAAAUCCACGAGUAAUGAAAAAAAGUGGGCGGGUUGUCAGUAUGUCGGUCCGACUGUGA